AUGGCGGCGGGAGAAGUUCAGAGACCGCCAGACGGCAAACGGUACCAACGGCGGCUCUCCAAGACACCUCAUCCGGACCGGGGAGCAUCACCGGGGAGCCGCAAGAAGCUCCAAGUCAUCAUUUGUGUUCUGCUGGUGGAGCUGUGUGAAAGAUUCACAUUUUUCGGCAUCGUAUGCAACAUGAUUCUCUUUUGCACCGUGAAGCUGGGCUACGACAACUACAUGGCUGCGACGGUCAACUUGUGCUUCAUAGGAGCCAGCACCCUCACCCCUGUGCUGGUUGGCUGGUUCGCCGAAACCUGCCAAGGAAGAACCAAGGUGCUCUACAUGUGCACUUUCCUCCACUUCUUUGGCACGGCCGUGUUACCUGCGGUCGCGUUCCCUUUCGAAGAUUUUUACACCGACGCUCAUCACAUGAGUCACAAGUUGGAACCUCAAGAGCAGCAGGCCCUGUUCUACACCGGCCUCCUGGCCGCCGCGCUGGGCAUCGGCGGCAUCCGGGCCAUCCUGUGUCCCUUGGGAGCAUACAGCCUGCAGAACUACAAUCAAUACCAGCUACUGGGCUUCUUCAACUGGUUCUACUGGUUGGUUAACCUGAAUUCCACCGUUGUGUUUCUGGGUAUUGCUUACAUCCAGCAAUCUGUGGCCAAAAAUCUGGGUUUCCUAAUCCCCUUUACGUCUGCACUGCUGGCACUCAUUGCCAUACACAUGAUGCGCAACAAACUCACCUACAAACCCAAGAAAGGCGGAUCCUUACUGACGACGCUCGGAGUUUUCCUGAACUCCCUCAAGAUGUGCUGCCUUCACUAUCGCCACCUCAGCGGCGAUGUGCCAUCUUGGUUGGACCGGGCUAAGGAGAACAACGGCGGCCGGUACAGUGAGACUCACGUCGAGAACGUCAAAGUCUUGGCCAACCUCUUCCCUCUUUAUGGACUCCAACUGCUCUACAGAGCCUGCGUCACUCAGAUCCCCUCGGGAUACUACAUCCAGACCAUGAACUCCAACCUUCACCUGAGUGACGUCCUGUUGCCCAUCGGCGCCAUGAACGUCAUCAGCAUUUUACCUCUGCUCGUAUUGGCCCCGCUGAUCGAGUGCGUGAACAGCUGCUCGCUCUCCAUGGCGAAACCUCCACUCGCGCCCACGAGAGUCAUCACUCUGGGACACGCGUGUGCAGCUCUGUCCGUCCUGGCGUCAGGUUUAUCUGAGCUGCGCAGGAAGGCUUUCCCCCCGGUGGAGCAAACCCUCUCCGGGAAGGUUCUGCAAGUGUCGUCUAUGCCGUGUUUCCAGCUGGCUCCGCAGUACAUCCUACUCGGACUGGCUGAGGCUCUGGUCACUCCGGCAUGUUCCCUGAUCUCUUUCCAGCUGACGCCUGGACACAUCCGAGGAAUCUCGCUGCACUUUCUCACACUGUCCUACGGGGGAGGCUGCUUCCUAGGAGCCAUCUGCAUUCAGUUGGUCUACUUCGUGUCUGGAGGUUCCUUCUAUCCAAGUGUCCUGCAUGACGGGAAUCUGGAGAGAUUCUUUUUCUUAAUGGCCACGCUGAUGACGAUGAAUACUUUGGUGUAUUGGAGUGUAUCUCACAGGUACAUGGAUCUGAGCGUGCGGGGUAAAGCGCUGACCGUCAGCCCACUGGCAGAGAAGCUUCUUCAGUACAAAGGAUGCCUGCGGUACUAUGACACCAUGGACCGGUCGCACACAAACAAGUCGCGUGACUCCAUCGUCUGA